AUGACUGCCGAGUGGCUUCACCUGCCCCCUCCGUACCCCCCAGGUGUGGGACCGCUGUGUGGUGCAGAGUCUUACCCCCCCGGUGUGGGGCCGCUGUGUGGUGCAGAGUCGUACCCCCCCGGUGUGGGGCCGCUGUGUGGUGCAGAGUUGGAGGCGUGGUAUGAGGACCUGCAGGAUAUACUGGGAUCAGACGGGGGCGGGGCCAAACUGGCGCGUGCCCCUCCCUGCUCUGAGAAGGAGCCGGAGUUCCUAGAUGUUCUGGAGAGCUGUUCCCUGACAUGGCUGACAGACGGGGUGGGAGUGGGUGUCGUGGGGGAGGCGUGGGACGGAGGUGAGGGGGUCCAGAGGGUCACGAUCCCGGAGGAGCCUCCUACCCAUCCACUCCACCACAUCUCCUCCAACACCUCCCGUCCGAGUCCAGCUGAGGAAAGGGCAGAGAGGCAGGGGGACAGAGAGGGAGGGAGGGAUGGAGAAAGAGGUGGCUCUGGAGGAGGGGACCUGUUGCCCCCAGAGUUCUUUGAGUUGCUGAACGAGGGAGGGGUGGGCAUGGUGGAGACAGGAGGGGUGGGCAUGGUGGAGACAGGAGGGGUGGGCAUGGUGGAGACAGGAGGGGUGGGCAUGGUGGAGACAGGAGGGGUGGGCAUGGUGGAGACAGGAGGGGUGGGCAUGGUGGAGACAGGAGGGGUGGGCAUGGUGGAGACAGGAGGGGUGAGCAUGGUGGAGACAGGAGGGAUCAUGGUGAGCGGUAGCUACCACCAUCAUCAGCUUCAUCAUCACUCCGACAAUCUCCAACAACCUGAGUCUCCCUCCGCCAGCGAGGAGGAAAACACCUGCGUCCCAGACUCUCCCUCCUGCUCUUCCUCCGCCUCUCCGUCCACCUCUCUCAACUGCUCUCCUCCUUCCUCUCCUACUAGCACCUCGUUCUCCUCGUCUCGGCAGGACAAACGCAAGAGGGGCAACUCUCUGUCCUUCCCUUCCUCCGGCUCACACUCAUCCUCCUCUUCCUCUUCUGCGAAGAAGAGCAGGAGAGAGAGGGAUCAGGAGAACGAGAGGAAGGUGCAGGAGCUGACAGAUCAGAACGAGAGGUUGAAAGCAGAGAUAGACAGACUGGGAGAGGAGGUGCAGAGGACACGCCGAGCCCUGAUAGAGAGAUUAGUUAACACCAGGAAGUGAGGGAGGAAGGAAGACAGAAAAUGAGCAUUUGGAAUAGCAAGUUGGCGGUGAAGAGUUUAACGCAGUGGUGACUUUGAAAUGCAUUUUAAGACAGCGUUAAAGAGAGAAACCAAAAGAUAUGUUUUAAGAAGAAAGUUAAAUUAGAAUUUUAUGAAAAACUGUAUGAGAAAGUAAGAAGGAAAAGAUAGAUAUAAAGAAAGAGCGAGCGAUGGAAGAGCAAGUCAAAGGAAAACCACGGAGAGGAAGAACUGUGGCAGUGACAAAUGGACAUACAGGGUGUAAAGUAACGGAGGAAAAGGUUGAGAAGGUGGAUGGGUCAUGUUCUCUGUUGAGAGGUUACAGUGUACUGUAUCUACAUGUAGGGCCGGGUGUCAGGAAGAAUCUUUCAAAUAGAUGGGUUAACUAACGUAGAAUGAUUGGGUCGUUUAGAUUAUUCAGUCAUGUGUAGCGUUCAGUAUGAAGUACGGAUGGGUUAGAUUCAAUUAAACGAUUGGGGCCUUUGAUUCCAAAAUGAAGGGAUUGAUUCGGAAGCAUCUAAGUAUGAAGAUUGUGAACCAACAUCUAUCCCAAGCGUUGCAUGGGUCACGUUCAUUAAGCAUCAAAUGGAAAGAAACAAAGUUGGACUACAUGGACAAAAAAAAAACAUAUGUUUAGUUCUGUUGCAAAACAUUUUAAAACGUUUUCUGUUGCGUGCCCUAAUGAAUGCGGUUCUGAUUGGGCGUUUCGCUCGUUAAGCCUAGUGAAGUGAUUUGUAUGAAGUAGGGGUUAGUAAAAAUUCUGAUUUGUUUUGGGGGUGUCGGCAUUGAGUCCAAAAUUACGGCUAAUUGAAAAAACAAUUCAAGUGAUUUUCUUCCAUUGCUAGGAGUUAUUGAUUGGGGGUUUGGUAGGAAUUUGUAUUGAUCGGACUCAGAAACCAUCAACAAAGCGAUUCUGACAAACUUGUGUUGGUCUCAUUCCUAGUAUGACGGUAGUGAGGACUCAAACAAGGAGAGUGCAUUUCAUUGUCACGGCAUCCUUUAUCUAGCCUGGUUAAACCUGACUGAAUGCUAAGCCUACUUUUGUUUCACUGGGACGCAACCAUGAAACGUAGCUAAAAUUGUUUGAAUACCAGGCUAUCCCUUAUCCGCCAACCUCAAAUCUAAGAUUAAUCCUAAAGACUGCAGAAGCCAUCAGAGAUAAUAUUUCUUGUCCAGUUUGUGGAGUAAUAUAGAGCUCAGGAAAGUUUGUCAGUCAGUAACUCAGUACUUAUAUAAGCCGCUACGGCUUUACUGUGCGUGAAUAGUUUUACACCGAGAACGUGGAUAGUUUUACACCGAGAACGUGGAUAGUUUUACACCUAGAACGUGGAUAGUUUUACACCUAGAACGUGGAUAGUUUUACACCAAGAACGUGGAUAGUUUUACACCAAGAACGUGGAUAGUUUUACACCUAGAACGAGGAUAGUUUUACACCGAGAACGUGGAUAGUUUUACACCGAGAACGUGGAUAGUUUUACACCGAGAACGUGGAUAGUUUUACACCGAGAACGUGGAUAGUUUUACACCUAGAACGUGGAUAGUUUUACACCGAGAACGUGGAUAGUUUUACACCGAGAACGUGGAUAGUUUUACACCGAGAACGUGGAUAGUUUUACACCUAGAACGUGGAUAGUUUUACACCAAGAAUGUGGAUAGUUUUACACCUAGAACGUGGAUAGUUUUACACCUAGAACGUGGAUAGUUUUACACCUAGAACGUGGAUAGUUUUACACCUAGAAAGCUUUUUCUAUCAAAUUGACUGAAUUUAGCGGUAGUAAUAUUUACAAUGUAGAGCUCUACCCUGAUUCACAUAUAUAUAUAUAUUUUAUAUACUCCUGUAUUAUACCGACACAGUUCUACUGAAAUAAAACCUUUACUGUACCCAUAUUGAUUCACCAUUUUACUGUAAAUGAUGUAUCGGUUAGCGGUUGAAUUAGAGGAACACUAAUAGUGCUUGUCUUUUAUUUCUGUUAAAUUACAAGGAAACAUUGUAUUUACUUCGCUAUUGUAUGUUUAGACUUGCAAAUAAAAUCCUUUAAAACCA